CGUGAGGGGCCGUGAGGGGCCCCCGCGCUCGGCGGGCUGGGACGGGCCCGCAGGAGGGGCCCCGCCGCUCCCCCCGCCGCUCCUCGCGACGCUGCCGCCGCCGGAGCCUCCCCGGGGCCUGACCGGAGCCUCCUCGGGGGAGACACGGGGCCUGCUCGGGGCCUUUUGCGGCCUUACCGGGGCCUCCCCGCCGCUUUUCGGGGCUCGGCGGGGCCGUUUGGGGCAUCCCCGGGGCUCGGCGGGGCCGUUUGCGGCCUUACCGGGGCCUCCCCCGGCCUUGACCGGAGCUUUUUGGGUUCGAACCGGGCCCUUCCCGAGGCCUCCGGGGCUGAACCGGGGCUUUAAGGGCCUUUAACGGGGAGAGCCCCCCGGUGCCCCCGGGUUUGGUUCUUUCUCGCUGGAAUUCGGGGCCGAUUUCAGCCGAAAUCGCAGCAAAGUCGGGUUUUUUUGUUUUUCUUUUCUUCUUUAAUUUUGUUUAUUUAACAGCGCUUUUCCCGUUUUGUUUUGUUGUGGUUUUUUUUUCUCCCGGGAUUUCGGCUCCUCCCGAGGCUCAGAAAAUCCCGGGGUUUGAGGAACGGGAUGAAAUUCCAAGGAUUUCUUCAGCCGAGCGAAUUUUUUGGGGUUUUUUUAUUGCGGUUUUUGCUUUGAGCGAACAAAAUCCGCGAUCCAGGGAAUUCGGGAAUGUCGGCCCUGGAACCGGGAAUGACUUAAAGGCAACGCUUGGCUUUUCCUCAUUAAAUUAUUAAUUAGGAAAUUCAAAAAUAAUUUAAAAAAAGGGGUUUUUUUUUGGGGCGGAGGGGGGGAAAAUCGCUGGAACUUUGGGAGCCUCCGAGGGGAUUUUUUAUUUUUGGGGGGGAGAUUUAUUGGAAAGGAAAAUCAAGGAGAAGGAAAAAAAGGGAUCGGAGAUCGCUGGGAGCGCCCGGGAGCCGCCAUCGGGCACGGCUGAGGUGCCCAUGGCGGGCCGGAAGCGCGGCGCAGGCGGUGCCAGUGCCGGCGGUGGCCCGGGCGGGUCGGUGCCGUGGCCCGAGGAGCCGGGCGAGCGCGAGCAGGGCCUGUACUCGCUGCACCGCAUGUUCGACAUCGUGGGCGCGCAGCUGACGCACCGCGACGUGCGCGUGCUCUCCUUCCUCUUCGUGGACGUGCUGGACGAGGCCGAGCGCGGCCGCAUCCGCUCGGGCCGCGACUUCCUGCUGGCCCUGGAGCGCCAGGGCCGCUGCGACGAGAGCAACCUGCGGCAGCUGCUGCAGCUGCUGCGCAUCAUCACCCGCCACGACCUGCUGCCCUACGUCAGCCUCAAGAGACGGCGCCCCGUGUGCCCGGACCUGGUGGACAAGUACCUGGAGGAGACGUCCAUCCGCUACGUCACCCCCCGCGCGCCCGGGGGGGCCCCGCCCGGCCUCGGCCACCCCCACAAAUCAGUGCCUGCCCCCCACCCGUCCCUGUGCUGCCCCCCGGGGGGGCCCCAGCUGGGCCCGAAGCGCCCGGGCCGGGCCCGGAGCCUCCUCGGGAGCCAACGGAAACGCAGGAAGUCAGCGACCCCCGACCCCAAGGAGAAACAGACCUGCGACAUCCGCCUGCGCGUGCGCGAGUACUGCCAGCACGACUCCGCCCUGCACGGCAACGUCUUCUCCAACAAGCAGGACCCUCUGGAGCGCCAGUUCGAGCGCUUCAACCAGGCCAACACCAUCCUGAAAUCGCGGGAUUUGGGCUCCAUCAUCUGCGACAUCAAAUUCUCGGAGCUCACCUACCUCGACGCCUUCUGGCGGGAUUACAUCAACGGCUCCCUCCUGGAGGCCCUCAAGGGCGUCUUCAUCACGGACUCGCUCAAACAGGCCGUGGGCCACGAGGCCAUCAAGCUGCUGGUCAACGUGGACGAGGAGGAUUACGAGUUGGGUCGCCAGAAACUCCUCAGGAACUUGAUGCUCCACACGGCUCCCUGAGGGGAUUCACCCCCCUUCCCCCAGUUUGGGUUUUUUUUUUUUUUUUGGUUUUUGGGAUUUUCCUGGUUUUUCCCUCUUCCCCCCUCGGUUCUUCGGCGGAGUUCGCUCGUGGAUUUGGGGAGGGUUGGAGGUGUGGGGGAUUCCGGGAUUCGGAGGUUUUUGGGGUUCCUGAUGGGUUCUCCUUGUGUUUUCCAUGGGGUUUUCCCCUCCUGUUUUUUCUUUUGUAUCCAUUAAAAAUGGUGAUGAAAAGGCAAAAAUCCCAUUGGUGCGACACACUGGGAUUUGGGGAUCGGGGGUGUGGAAUAUUCCAGAAUUCCUCACUUUUUCCUGUCAAUUCCUCACUUUUCCCUGUCAGCUCCUCUUUGUGUUUUCCAUGUUUUCUUCCUAUUUUCUUUUCUUUUUUAUCCAUUAAAAAUGGUGAUGAAAAGGCAAAAAUCCCAUUGGUGCGACACGCUGGGAUUCGGGGAUCGGGGGUGUGGAAUAUUCCAGAAUUCCUCACUUUCCUCCUUUGUUUUCCACAUUUUCUUCCUGUUUUCUUCCUAUUUUCUUUUCUUUUGUAUCCAUUAAAAAUGGUGAUGAAAAGGCAAAAAUCCCAUUGGUGCGACACAUUGGGAUUUGGGGAUCGGGGGUGUGGAAUGUUCCAGAAUUCCUCACUUUUUCCUGUCAAUUCCUCUUUCUGUUUUCCAUAUUUUCUCCUUCUUUUCUUUUUUAUCCAUUAAAAAUGGUGAUGAAAAGGCAAAAAUCCCAUUGGUGCAACACAUUGGGAUAUGGGGAUUGGGAGUGUGGAAUAUUCCAGAAUUCCUCACUUUUUCCUGUCAAUUCCUCUUUGUGUUUUCCACAUUUUCUCCCUAUUAUCUUUUUUCCUUCUUUUCUUUUUUUAUCCAUUAAAAAUGGUGAUGAAAAGGCAGAAAUCCCAUUGGUGAGACACGCUGGGAUUUGGGCU